AUGGGGCAUCCGGGGCCGUCGCAUUUCGGCGCCGGCCCUUCGCCCCAUACUGCUGUAGCGCCCCUCUAUCCAUCUCUAACUCCAACACACGGCCACACUGCGGGAGUAAAACGGCCACGGCCCGAUGAUCUCGGCCUCUCCGUCCCUGACAUGUCUGACCUCGAACACAGCGAUCUAGAGUCGAUGCAGCAGACACCCAUGGGCGCCGCUUACGGACAGGCGUCCGCCCCACCGACACAUCACCACCAUCGACUACCAGACACCGGGCCGCCCAACAAGCUCAUGCGACGGGACGGGGACAGCAGUGGCGGAGGAGCCCCAAGCAUGGUGGGCCAGGCCGGAAUGCCAGCACCUGCCCCACGGCCGAGAGGGCCGAAAUUGAAAUUCACCCCAGAGGAUGAUCAGCUCCUGGUUGAUCUCAAGGAGAAUAAGAAUUUAACCUGGAAACAAAUCGCGGACUUUUUUCCCGGAAGAUCGAGUGGGACGCUCCAAGUGCGCUACUGUACAAAGCUCAAAGCCAAGACGACGCAGUGGACAGACGAGACGGACCAAAAACUCAGAACUGCACUCCAGGACUACGAAAACGAAAAAUGGCGCAUAAUCGCCAACAAGGUCGGCACGGGUUUUACACCGGCAGCUUGUCGCGAACGGGCGGCACAGUUGCCGGGUGAAAACUUAUAG